AAAACUGUUCAGGCCUCACCUCCUGCUUUUUUAAUUUUCUUUGUUGUUUUUAUGUAGUAUCCCCUUGUACUGAUGGGUAGCGUACCUCACCACAGGUUCUGUGACUGGCUGUCACAUAAUCUUUUCUUCAUGCAAUCGUAUCUACCUGCACAGGCAGUCAAGCAAUCAACAACGAAGAUGCUUCUUUUUUCAGGAACAAAGAAAUACUGCUUAUAGUAUAGUUUGCCCAGCCAUGGUUUCUCCAGCUCACCCAGUUCCUAAGCACAUAAAGAAGCCAGACUAUGUGACGACAGGCAUUGUACCAGACUGGGGAGACGACAUAGAAAUUAAGAAUGAAGAUCAGAUUCAAGGGCUUCGUCAAGCUUGUCAGUUGGCCCGUCAUGUCCUGCUUCUGGCUGGAAAGGGCUUAAAGGUUGGCAUGACAACUGAAGAAAUAGAUUCCAUUGUUCAUCAUGAAAUAAUCAGACAGAAUGCGUAUCCGUCACCUCUGGGCUAUGGAGGUUUUCCAAAAUCUGUUUGUACUUCUGUAAACAACGUGGUAUGUCAUGGUAUUCCUGACAGUCGACCUCUUCAAGAUGGAGAUAUUAUCAACAUUGAUGUCACGGUGUAUUACAAUGGCUACCAUGGUGACACCUCUGAAACCUUUUUGGUGGGCAAUGUGGAUAAAUCUGGUCAAAAGUUAGUGGAGGUUGCCAGGAAAUGUAGAGAUGAAGCAAUUGCAGCUUGCAGACCAGGGGCUCCCUUCUCUGUAAUUGGAAACACAAUCAGCUCCGUGGCGCGACGGGGCGGCUUCCAGGUCUGCCCCUCCUUCGUCGGCCACGGCAUCGGGUCGUACUUCCACGGGCACCCCGAGGUGUGGCACCACGCCAAUGACAGUGAUUUGUUAAUGGAAGAGGGAAUGGCGUUCACAAUAGAGCCAAUAAUAAUGGAAGGAUCCCCCGAAUUUAAGAUUCUGAAGGAUAAAUGGACUGCAAUUUCUUUAGACAAUAAAAGAUCAGCACAGUUUGAACAUACCAUUGUGAUUACCUCAGAGGGAGCAGAAAUCCUCUCUGAACUGGUGGAAGAAGCCUAAAGAUGGAGCAAGAAGUGGAGGGACUUGCUGUAUUUCUGGGAUUUCCAGUUUCACUCGGGACAGAGAGGAGGUUUCUGUAAUUUCUUUGGGAAAUGGGUGCUGUGUAAAUCGCUGCAGGGGUCAGAAAACGCAGCUUGAGGGGUUGGCUCUGGAUAGUCCUUUCUGUGUGUUACCUGGUGAGUAUUUAAUAAAAGUCCCUUGGCUUGUUUGUGACCCUGGAAGCAGCCAUGCACAGCCUGCAAGUGCAAAGGGUUUGGGUUAUUUGGGGUGAGGGGCAGGGAGAGGGUCCCCUCUCCCAAAUCCUGCAUGGGACAAACAUAUCUGGUGACAUGGUCUCUGUGCAGCUGAGAGGACAGAAGAACAUGGUAUCUUCCCCUUACAGCUGAACUAUGGCUUCAGUUUGUCUUCACUGCACUAGCACAGUGCUGUUUCCCAGGCUGUACUUCUAGGAUGGAAAAAAGUUUCCUGAGGGUGGCAGGCAGAAGGCAACAGCCUCUUCCCCCCCAGCCUUCCCAGCAGCAGCUCCCCACUUCCUGCCUCGGCUGAUUUCUCUUUGCACAGCUCAAAAAAUGAUUAAAAAUGAGAUGCAAAGCGUGCUUCUCUGGAGAUCAAUAAUUGCCCUGCUUGAAGAAUUAGCCGGUUUGGGAUAAUCACUGCUCUGCAGUGCCCACGUUAGUUAAGGGAGAGGAGUUCCACAGUUCAACCAUUUAACAGAAACGGAGGAGUUUGCGGUCUGGAGGAGGAGUCCCGGCUCCUGCCCAGAGUUUGGAGCUGAUGGUCCUCGCUCGCCGCUGCACUCGCUGCCGUCCUGUCCCGGGGCUGCCAGGGCUGGAGAGUUUGAUUUGCGAUUAAUAGGCUGCCGAGCGCCCCGUCGGGCCAGACCGGUCUGGCCUUGGUCCUUCGAGGCUACUGGACCAGGACCCGGUCCCAUGAAAUGCGGGGUAGCCUCGGGGAUAAGCAAGUGACAUCCAGAAGUGCCCCAGACCCGCGGCAGCAGCGGUGCGGGUUUGGCACAAAUAACUUGCCGGUAACUGUGGGCAGGCGCGGGGCUGGGCCGAGGGCUGAGCGGCCGCGUAUGCCGGCGCCCGGAGCUGGUCGGCAUCGGCUCCCGCAGCAGUUCAGGGCAGAAAUAAGCCGCUUACUUACAGCUUUAUUCUGCUGUUUG